AUGUCAUCACCAAAGGUCAUUAUUGUAUCGUCAGAUGAUGAAAAAUUCCCAGUUGAGCAAAAAGUUGCAGAAAAAUCGAUCCUUAUGAAGAAUAUGAUUAACGACUUAAAUCCUGAUGGUCUUACAGAAGAUUUCGAGAUCCCCACACCAAACGUUCGUGCUAAUGUCCUCUCAAAAGUGUUGGAAUGGUGCGAACACCACAAGAACACAGUAUUUCAAGAUGACGAGGAUGAAGAUGCUAAGAAAUCUGUUCCUGUAGAGGAAUGGGAUAGAAACUUUUUGAAAGUUGACCAGGAGAUGUUGUAUGAAAUCAUCUUGGCUGCCAAUUAUUUGAAUAUUAAACCAUUAUUGGAUAGUGGAUGUAAGAUGGUGGCAGAGAUGAUCAAGAGCAAAAGUCCCGAAGAAUUGAGAAGGACGUUCAAUAUUGUGAAUGAUUUCAGUCCUGAAGAAGAAGCUGCUAUUAGAAAGGAAAAUGAAUGGGCUGAAGAUAGAUGA